AUAUACAAACAAAAAAAUAAAAUACUUGAAAAAAAGAGAGUGCAUGUGUUGUCGUUGUUGUUGCUGCUGCUGUUAACCUGGACACAGGCAUUAUGGACCGAUGCAUGUGAGCUGACAGGAAAUAAAGGGAGCACCAUUAAGCCAUCGUCGUCGUUAGAACGAACCAUGGACAGAGACGCGGCCCAAACAGAUUCGCUAAUUGAGGUCGUUGUCUAGAUUUCGCAGCGCACAAAUCGCACGCCAUUUUCUAGCAUGCUCUAGGAAUCAUCUAUAAUAUUACGAAACUCGAAAAACCAAGUAACAAACAAAACCGAAUAACGAGAGCAAGUCGACACACGUUUUGAGACACGUAACAGGAAACGAUUAACGAAACGGAAACGGAAAUUGGAGAGAGGGAAAGGUAAAGGGUAACACUGUCUAGAAGCCACGCCCACAAACAUGAGCAGCAUGAAGGGCGGCUUCUCCACACUUAACCGCUGGUUUGGCCGCAAAAAGGACAAAACCACCACUGGCAGCUCCUCCAUGGGCAAACUGUCCAAGUCAACCACACAGCUGCAUCACCUGUCCACGGACACGGACAUCAACGAGACUAGUCAGCUGGAGUACAACAGGAUAACCCCAGUGCCGGCUGCCACCAGCAAUGCACCCUUCGAACAGACCUUCCGCAUCACGGUCCUGCUACCCAAGGAUCAGUUGUUUGUGGCCAGACUCGGGGCCCGAGUGCCCCUCAGCAAGCUCCUGUCGCUGGUCUGUGACAACAAGCAGCUGGAUGCGGACAAGUACGAGUUCCGGAGUCCAGUGGACGCUAGUCAGGUGUAUAGCUGCGAGUCAACCAUCGGCGCAGUGGGUCUCUCAGAGAUCCGUUUGUGCCACAAGUCCGAGUCGUAUGACAACUUCAAUCCGGAUGCCAUGCACCACAAGUUCCAGCGUACCGGCAUAGCUCGCGAUUCCCUGAGCAGCAGCUCGGACUUUAGCAGCAGUCGCCACUCCAAGGUGACGGCCAAGACGCCCAGUCCGUACAGUUCGAGUAACUCGCUCAAUUCGAUGGAUUCCACUGGUAUGAACUACACCCGGACACCGGUGGUGGUGCCACCGCCGACCAAGGUUAUGGCACCGCCGCCGCGCAAGAAGCGAACGGCACCGCGUCCACCAAAUCAGAUAUGCAUUCCAGAGCAGUCUGUACCGGAUAUACCAUCUUCAGUGGGUUUGAAGUCGGAGCCUGCUUACGCGGUGAUUGUAAAGCGUCCACAGCUGUGCAUGUCCACGCCCAAUCUCUCCGGUCAGCCGGAGUUGGAUUGCAAUGGCAACAGCUCCAAGUCGCUGCUCGAUGAGGACUCCGCCUCCGAUGGACAUUAUGCCACGUUGGAUAUAAAGCAGCCACCAGUUCCAGCAGCAGGUGGACCAGAGCCAACGCCCAGGAAACGGAUUAUACAAAUCAAAAAGAAGACGGCGCCGGCACCGCCACCUGGCGAGGACACCAUAUCGCUAGCCUCCAUUCCAGAGCCGGUGACACCCACGGCCAUGGUGCCGCAACCGGCGCCCAGGAUCACAAGUCCGCUGCCAACUAGUGCAGCGCCACAAGUAAAUGGGAAUGGUAAUGGAACCCCCAAUGGAAGUCCUCUGGAAACACCCAAUGGCAUCCCUCAGGGAACAUCCAAAGGCACAACCAAUGAAAGUCCACAUGGAACCCCGAAUGGAACCCCCCAAGGAACACUCAAUGGCACCCCUCUUGGCACUCCCAAUGGCAAUGUAUCCAAGGUACUCCUCAACCGUACGCCCACCCCAGAGCCCCGCUCUCUGGGCAGUGCCACCGAAGAGGAUGACAAUGAUGCGGCCUCAAAGCAAGCAGAUUCGGGCAUUGGUGAGCCAGCACCUUCUCCCUCAUCCGUUACACCCGAACCAGAGGCGGAGAAGUCGCAGCAGGAGUCCAGUUCCGAGGACGACGAGGCCAUCAAGGUGUACAACUUCAAGCUGUGCCAGACCUCCUCCAAGAAGGAGAAAGAGGAGACACCAAUCCCCCCAAAGGCCACCAGUCUGGCCGAGCUGGCUGUUCUAACAGCCGCCGCCGGCGAGGAUGAGGAGGAAGAGGAGGAGGAAGUGUGUAGAAAAGAAGAGGGACACAUGGCCGCCAACACACCAAGUAGUGCCAGCGAGCAGACAUCGCUCUCCUCGUGGAACUACUCGGUGCCCAUAUCACCGCCUCCCGAUUUCUCCGAUCAGCAAGGACGCCAUCGCAGUGCUGGCUCUGUGAGUCCCGGUUCCCCGCUAGACGAGAUUGUGGAUGAGCUAUCGGCCAUCAUCAAUCAUCAGGGACUGGACACAUUGAUCAAGAAACAGCCUGAUCCUCGGCUGGCCGAGAUUGAGGCUGCAAAACCGAAUCGUUUGGCCAAUUUUAGUAUAGCCACGGCCAAGAGCACAACAAGGAUAACCAGAGCCGACUCCUUUCAGGCUGGUUCUGGUGCAGAAGCAGAGGUAAUUUCGCCUGGCGGAGGAGCUCUUAGCCUGCGCAGCACCUCUCAUGUCUCGCUGAACAAGCUGGAGCAGCAGAACGGUUAUGGUUUGGGCCAGCGUCGUUCCUCCAGCGAGCUAAGCAUUGGAGAGUCACCCUCGCUGCAGAGUCUGGAGGUAAUCAAGACUAUACUCAAUUCUAGGAAGAACAGCUUGGCUGAAAGCGGAGGCAGUACGUCACCAACUGUGGAGCAACCAAAGAGCAGGGUUCAGGAGCAGGAGCAGCCUCACUUGGCCAAAGAGGAGUCAACGGUGGAUGGGGAAACUAGAGCAUCUAGAUUGGUUGCCAAGGAGACAAGUCAGCCAAGUCUUGGCCAGAAUGUCAGGGCUUCUAUACCUCCUUCUCCUGUCCAGGAGCCCUCACCUACUCCCCUGAAGAAGCAAGUGCCUGUGCCAUCGUCUCCGGUGGUCCCGAAGCAGGUGGUUUCUCUGGUUCCACAACAUCUGGAGUCUCCUCCUGUCCUCAAGAAGGAGUCACCUCCUGUCCCCAAGAAGGAGUCACCUCCUCCUGUAGCCAAGAAGGAGUCACCUCCUCCUGUAGCCAAGAAGGAUUCUCCUCCCCCUGUAGCCAAGAAGGAUUCACCUCCCCCUGCAGGAAAAAAGGACUCACCCCCUCCACUCCAAAAACAAACCCCUUCAGCUGUCAGCAGACUCCUCCUGGACCAACCUCCCCUUCAAAACCAGGUACCACCUCCAGUGGCAGUCUCCACAACUCCCCCGAAUACCCCAGCCUCACCCGCGGUCACCAUGAGAGGCAACUUAAGCCAGGUGGAGAGUCCACAGCCAGCCAGGCCCAUCGAAUUGGCGCCCAGCUCCAAGCCCAUGCCACCUACAUAUCGAUAUUCCGGACCGCCCAGCAUUAAUUUUGCCACAUGGAGUGAACGACCCAAAUCCCAGGUGGCCAUUAAGAACGAAGGUGACUAUAUAUUCGGAGGAGCAGGCAAGGCCCAACCACCACCGGGAGCAGGAGGAGCCACCUCCAAGCUCACCAUCGAGGUGGCUUCACCCAUACUGAGAAUGGGUAUUUCACAGCGCAAGGAAUACCAUGUGCCCAUCACGGUCAAGCCGCUCAAGGAUGCAGAGGCGAAUCAGACAGAGAAGUUAACCGAGGAGCCACAGCCACAAGCCCAAGUUCAAGUUCAAGUCCAGCCCCAAGUCAACAAGCAACAAGUCCAAAUCCAAGCCACAAACCAAAACCAAUCGUCGACGCUGCCGCGUCCAGCCAAGAGCAAUCGGUUUACCCUGCCAGCUGGUAGUAAUCAUCACAUCCAGGUGGUCACAAGUAGCACAGCCAGCAGCAAUUCCCUGCCUAGACCCGUCUCCAGUCUGGAGAGGAAUAGCAAGCCGGCGGCAGAGGCCACGCCGGCUCCCUUUGGCCAGAAUACUUUAAGACGCACGGGCUUCAAGGAGCGCAUGCUGGCCAGAGAGCAGCUGGAACAGGAACAGGCUUUGAGCAUACGAGUGUCUGUGAAUGGAACAGCUCCAGCAGUAGCUUCUGCACCAGUUUCUACUCCCACUCCCUUAGUAGCUCGUGUUCCAGCUUCUAAUGUAGCUCCUGUUCCGGCUCCCAAGCCCACAUCCCCCAAGCCCGCGCCGCCAGCAAAGAGCGUACAUCAGCAGCAGCAGGUCUUCAAGACCGCCAAAGUGGAGGUGAAGCUCCAGCAGGAGCAAGAGGAGCAGCCCCCCAAGCCGGUGGUUUUGCAGGUAAAGCUGCGACCCACUUCCCAGCCAGUAACAACAACAACGACGACGACGACAACGCCACCACCACCGCCGCCGCCGCAAGUGCAGCUAAAGCCCGUGAAGGUUUUGUCGUCCGGAGGACGCAAUGCAUCUGCCGGAUCCGCGCCGGAUCCCAGGUCUCAGCUGCUCGAGGCGAUACGCAAUUUUAAGCGCGAAGAGCUCAACCGAUCCUGAGGAGAGGAGGAGAUAAGGAGGAGGAACAAACCCUGGGCACAAGAAGACGCACAAAUUGUAUUUUUUUUUGUACUGCAAAUCUUGCGAAGAUUACAGCCUUUCUUCAGUUGUAAAUAGUUAGAAAGCAAAAAGCUUAACUAAAUUACAGGAUUUAGUAGAACCUGUCUCUGUGUGUGUGUUUUUUUAUAUAUAUAUUUCCCCCCCGGAAAACCCCCUUAUUUUUUUCUGUGUGCGCUUCUAAAGCGCCCAAGCUUAUUACCCAUUAUUUUUUUUUAACUAAUCUUAGUUUUUUUGUUAUGAACUAUGUAGUUUUUUAAAAAACUUUGUUUUAGUCAUUAGGUCACAAGAUAGAUGCCCGCCCGAAGAGGAAAAGCAAAAAGGAAAAUAUCCACAAAGUAAAGGAGAGAAAACGAUAAAAAGCGAAAAUAAUCGAUAAUGUAUGCAUAAUAUAUCGUAUGUUAUUAUAUAUAUUUCGUAUGUCUUAGUGAAUUAUAGUAACCAAUUUUCUAACCAACAUGUGGGACUGGUCUACUUAGUCGUGUCAAAAAACAAAAAACAUAAACAAAUAAUGCGAUACCAAGAGUUAAUAAAGCUAAUAAAUUAUUAUUUUUAAACGCAGCACCAUGUAAUACCCGGCAGCCAGCAGUAAAUGCAUUUAGCGCUCAUGUAUAUACAUAUAUGGCAUUGUAUUAAAGUGAAUAAUAAUAAAAGUACACAAAUUAA